AACGAUUAUCUACGAGUAUUUCAGAAGCAAUGCUGAGUUCUUUGUUGCUUAUAAGCAAAUACUUGAGCCAGGAGCAAAGAGUGCAAGCCGUUGAGGACUUGUCGAAGGAUCUUGGUUCUAAUACUGAAAGUGUGACAGCCUUAUGUGACUUAUUGAAAGAGUUAGAUCAAAAUGCAAUUCGUGGAGUUUAUCCAGUGAUUCAAAAGUUUGUGUUCAGUAUUAUAGAUGGCAAGUGUUCUGAGAGUGAUUAUGGUCACAUUCUUACGUUAGCUGAAGAGUUACCUCAAUUAUAUGAUGACAUUUUGGACAGAUGUCAUUGCCAUUUGUCUGCAUAUAUUCAUGAAAGCUUGCCUAAGUUUCUUAUUUCGUUUAGAAACGAUAUCUUACCGGAGUAUUUAGCAGACCUGAUUUCGAGUUCUAAAGCUAAUUUUCAGCUUACGGAUGAAUCCAUUGUAACCCUUUUUGAGUUUUUGAAUUACUUUUUCAUCCAUGCCAAGUUGAAAGAUCAAAAGACCUCAUCUCUCGAUAGGAUCAUCAGUUUUUUCAUCGGACACAACGAAGAAAACGUUAGUAACUUGGCUAUGCAAUGCUUACGUUGGGAAAUCGAUAGUAUUGUCAUACAGAAUCAAAGCAGUAAGUUUAUCUGGGAUGUUAUAUUCAAUUUAGAAAAAUCUCAAGUUAAACUGCACAUGGAUCAUGCUUUUAUAGUAUGGUUAAGAUAUUUGACAAAUGAUAAUCAAAAGCUAGUUGAGGACUCAAUUUAUCAACAUGAAAUCAUUCAACUACAACAUUAUUGGCAAGUCUUACAGCAUGGUUUAGUCAGUGAUGCUCAUGAACAUAGAAAAUUUUGCUUGUCUAUAUUACAAUUGUCUCUAAAAUUGAUUGCAGUUCCAGUCAAGAAUGAAAUAUUCUCGUGGGAUCCUUCAAAGAAAGAUGAAUAUUUGAGGGAAUGGUCAAGAUUCUCUACAUUAUUUGAAAUCUUGGGAAUUGAUACUUCAUUGCAUCAAGCACAAGGCGGUAUUAAUGAUCUCAUUGGUUUAAUUCUUCCAGACUCUUUAAUACAUCCCUCUUGGGGGUUUGGUUUGUUAUCAACCGGAUUCAAAGCUGGUAUGGAUUCAGUAAGAAAAUUUUCUCUCAACAUUUUAUUAUCUAUUCCAUCACAAAAUUUAUAUUUAUUAAAACAUAGCUUGCCAUUUUAUGAACAAACCUAUUUGCCAUAUGCUAUGAUGGCAUCUCACUUUGCUGUUCUUCAGUCUGAUGAUACAAAUGGAAAUCAUUGUGAACAUGCAGACAGAUUGGCCAGUUUCAUUCAAAGUAUCAUUUCUAAUUUGAAAACUGAUGAAGAAUUCCAAGCAGUUGUUUACUCUACUUUGAAAGUAUUAGUCAGUUUAAAAGAUGCUUUCGACCCGGCAAGAAUUUAUGUCACUUACGGUAUACUUUCAGGCUUGAAGAAAAGAAGAGUUUUACAAUUUGGGAAACAUGAUGAACUUUUACUUAAAUUGAUUGAAGUAAGUUCAGAGGGUCCUGUAUUAGAAACUACCGUUCAAACUCUCAAUUUAAGGCUCUUCUUGAAUUUUCAACUUUCUGAUUUGAAUGUAUUUCUUGAUCUUCUUAUCAAAUUCACUAAAUUUAAUGGUUAUGCUGUUUUGAAUGAAAACUUGGAUCUCGUUGUUGAGUACUUCCAGGAAAAUCAAAUCACUCAGACUAAGAUAACCUCGAUAAUUGAAGGCGAAUCUGUCUCUGCAGAUGUAAAGAUUGUUCUUAUGCUCAUUUCCAAUAAAAUGACCAACUCCAUCAACCUUGAAAACCAAUCCAAUGUUUUAUUAGCCAAAUUACUUCAGACUAAUAUCUCUUUGGAUAGUAAUGAAAAUAUUCCUCGCUGCAUUACUGAGUUGGCCACUGGUGAAAAAUCAGAAGAGGCUUAUGAAGAAUUCUCCAAAGUUGAUUUCUUAAACUAUAAGCAAAUUUUACCUACCAAUAUCAAGUUAAUUGAACUUUGGGCCACUAUUAAUCAAGACGUUCAAUCUGAUGAUCACCAUCGCUUAAAGGCUGCUGCAGACAAAUUUAAAGUGUUCAAUAAUCUUUUCGAAGCUUACCAAUUGUCCGAUAUUGAAAAUCAUGAAAUCUUCACCAUCAAUUCAUUGCUUAAAUUCAACCGUGAAAUCUUAUUGAAUAACUCUUCUGAACCUGCUAGACUAAUUAAGAAUUUCUAUAGGGUGAAAGAUGCUUUAUAUGGCCAGUUCUUCAGAUUCUUAUCCAUUCUUACCUCUAAAAUUGGUUGCGAAAGUACUGAAAUUGAUGAUAUUUUAAGCUUAUUAAUUGUAAGCUCAACUAAUUAUGAAACUAACUUUUACACGGUACUUUUGUUAAAUACUAUCGUUAAACAAGAAAAUCUUUCCAGUGAAUUAGUUCCACGUCUAGUAGAAACUUUAUCAGAAAUAUGGUCCAAUUUAUGUUCAUCCAGAUUGCAAUUGAGUCAGAAAAACUUACAUGUUUUAAUGAUUGAUACCUUUAUUGAUCCAUUCAUCUUAUCUCAUUCAACUCAUGAUGAAUUCGUCGCUUCUCACUUACUCAAUUUUAGUAAAUCCAUAAUAGAAUUAUCCUAUGGCAGAAGAUGUUUCUUACCAACAUUGACUAAGAAUUUAUCCAAUUUCCAGAUAAAAGAUCAUCAAAAUUUCGAAAAAUUGAUUUGGCUCCCUGAAGUAUUAGUAGAAUCAUUCAUGAGUUAUCAAUUAAGAUCUAAUAUCUUCAGAUUAGAAAAUAUCAUUGCCAGUCUCUACGAUAAACAGAUUUCCUCAACAGCUGGGUCGAAUAUUUAUACCAAAUAUUAUGGUGCAGAGGAAAUAAGCGGUCGUAUUAAUGCCAUAGUUUUGAUUAAUUCUAUCCAAUCAAGUGAAUUUGCUCUUCUGAUUUUCCAAUUCAUUCGUAGUAAAGAAGAAGAGUACCACUUGUUUCAAGUUAUCAAGCAAAAUGAUGGAUUCCAAGAAUGGAGAAGAAUCCAAUUACUUACCGUCAUCUUAUCGAUAAUCCAGAAGAUAGAUUCAAGUCUUAUUAUUGAUGACUUCAUGGCUUUACUUGGUACCGAACCUAGUCCAUUGGUUAGAGUUUAUCUUGAAUGGAUCACAGCAAGAAUAUUGUUGAGAGAACCUAAAUAUAUUGAUAUAAUGCUCGAAAAAUUCAAAGUCGGAAUGGACAGUAAUUCAGUGAAACCAACCUUAAUUACUGCUUACGAGAGAAUAUUGUAUUUAUCAAUUCAACAUUUAACAACAUCAAAAGAAGCUGAAUAUUUAACCAAGUUUUUAUCUGUGCUUUUCCCUGGGGCCACAUCAAACAAAGCCACUACUAGACAUUUCUCUCUUUCUUUGAAUUGUUCAAUUUAUCCAGAGAUUAUGAAGAAGAAGUUGCCAAUUAACCCAGACAUUAUUCAAAUGUCUGAGAACUUGUACAAAUCCGCUGUUUCUUCUGAUGCUUUUGGAUCUUAUAGAAGUGGAGAUGCUUUGUUGUGGGAUAUUUUAGGUGAUUUCACUUUAGUGGGUAUGACUGGAAGUGUCUUGUUAAGAGUUAGUGACAGGUCCGACAUUGAUUUCAUCAGAAAGGAAGACUAUAAUAAACAUUUAAGUCAAGCUCAAAUCGAUAAUUUGCAAAACCCUGUUGGGGAAGAUUUGAAGGAAUUAUGGAUAAGAGUCUGUAAGAACAACAAAAUUGCUGAAGAUUUGAACUCAAAUAACAAAAUCGGGUCAACAAAUGAAAAGGGUCAACAAGCCACCCUUCAAACCAAGAGUGGAGCCUGGUCAACUGUCAUGGAUGUUGAUGAAACUGCUCGUGGUGGGGAAAUUGUCCGUAGUGACUUAAUUGUGGUAUCUUCAUUAGUUGAUAAACCACCAAACUUGGGAGGUAUUUGUAGGUUAUGUGAUGUAUUAGGUGCUGGUUUACUCACAUUAAAUGACAUUAGGGUAAAAAAUCAUCCUCAAUUCAAGAACGUUGCUGUUACUGCUGACUACUGGAUGCCUAUGAUUGAAGUUAAAGAAAACGGGAUCAUUGAAUUUUUAAGAGAAAAGAAGAAAGAAGGUUAUACUUUAAUUGGUUUGGAACAAACCACUAAUUCCGUUGAGUUGAAUUCUAAUUUACAAUUCCCUAAAAAAUCCUUAAUUUUAAUUGGUAAAGAAAAAGAAGGUGUUCCUGGUGAUUUAUUAGCUGAGUUAGAUAUGUGCGUUGAAAUUAAGCAAGUUGGUGUUAUUAGAUCCAUGAAUAUUCAAACAGCUACUGCUAUUAUUGUUCAUGCAUACUCUACUCAACAUUGUUAA